GCAAACACAUCAUGUUACAUUCUAGCUGGAUAAGAGAGAUAAAGAGAAAGACAUGGAACGUAGGGGGACGGACUCCCUCCCCCUUGCUCACCCUCUCCUGGGAUCAUGGCCUGACUAUAUAAAAAGAAGCCCAGCCUUAUUGGGAUUGCUGAGUCAGCCUGACUUGAAGAGACGCUCUCCAAACCUGCGACUGAUCAAAAACCUGACUUGAAACAACCUCCAGACAAACCACUCGGACUUAAAGUUGCCCGAGCGAAGUCGCCCACUGAGGUGUUGGAAAUCAAGGAGUUCUGCCUGAUUGAGGUCAAGGUUUUGGAGGCAGCAGGUCACAAGGAAGAAAGGAAGGAAGGAACGUCAGCUGAAAAGAUGCAGGAGAAAGGCUUUUUCACCCAAAGCAAAGCUCCAGUAGCACUGUGCAUUGUGCUUUUAGUACUGGCUCAACAGGUGUGUGCAGGCCCAUUAGUCCUGUCUAACUCUGACCACGGUGCAGAGUCACGGGUGGAACGCAGCGUCCACACUCCAAGGAGGAUAGCCCGGAUGACCCCGCUGUGGAGGAUCAUGAACAGCAAACCGUUUGGAGCGUACUGCCAAAACAACUACGAAUGUUCCACGGGAAUCUGCAGGGCGGGACACUGCUCCACCACCCACCGCACCCCAUCAGAGCCCGUGAACUACUAGAUUCACGACCACUGUGUAUACUACCCUAAUCCUGAUGGGUUCUGAUUAUGUUUGUUUGUUUUUAUAAAUCGGUAUUUGUAUUUAUGUGUGGCAAUAUCAUAUAAGAUAGCAACAUUAAUUUACAGGCCCUUUUCAGGGGGUGUCAUUAAAUUAGCAGGAGUUGGUGCGAGGCGAUGCUACUUGCUUGGAUAGCAUGUGAUUUUUAAGGGCUGACUAGCAAGCCUUACAGUGGGUGCAAACACCUAAACAUACUUGUAGCUGUGGAACAAAACCUUCCAGACCUCAAAAUGCAAACACUAGAGGAUGUAGCUUAAUAACGAGGUUUUGCUGAUAAUCCGUGGUAUCAUAUCUUUCGGUUAGUUUCAUUGGUAUCACAGUUUUUUUAAUAUUUAUCUGUGUGACUUGGACCACUUGGAGCAAUUUCAAUUACUGGUCAUUUCGCAGAAGGCAACUGUGUUUCUUUAAGCAGUAAGACUCCAAUGAGCAGAAUUAAACACAAAGAAGUCUGUUUGCCUUUCCGCAGAUCAUGACCAUCACAAUUUUUCCAACAAUGUUGUAAUUUAAAGUCUAAAAUCAGACAUCUGACUUGCGAUGGAUCAUGAAAGUAAAGAUGGAUGAAGAAAAGUGGAAUGAGAUAUUAAAGUCAAGAAAAGACACUAUGGAAGGGAAUUGUAAAAAGGUAAAACUAAGCAAAGAAGGAGCAAAGGUUACAGAAUAUUGAAGAGAUGCUUGGGCAUCCCUAAAGUUUUAUUUUUUAUUAUAAUUAAGAACAAAUGGAGAUCACACACAUUCACAAUAUCUGUAAUGCAUGCAUGAUUUCCUCUGGUAUUUUAUUUAUUUUUGUUUAAAUGUCUGAAAUGCAUCAAUUUACAUGUAUUUUUUUAUUUUAAAUAUAUAUGGGUUUAUGACGUUUUAAUGUUUAGAAUAAUCAAUCACCAUUACUGAUCUGAGUGUACGGGAUUGUUAGGAACAGAUUUCUUUUUUCUUUCUUUCUUUCUUUUUUUUUUUUUUUACACAUCCAUCUCUUGAAAUGAAACGGCAGGUAAUGGCUGAUAUUUUGUACACUCAGAAAUGUUUGGGUAGGAUUGCACUUUUAAAGCCAAAAUUAUCUUUGUACUGUGUACUCCUUACUGUACUGUGUUGCUUAACCAAGCUGGAGAAAAUGUGGAAUAAAAGCAUUGGAGAAUAACUUGA